AUGGCAUGCCUUGCUCUGGACAUUGUUGAUGUUUUGUUUAAAUGUUUAGAUGGAUCCGUCGUAAGUAACACUGCCAUGUGCGGUAAAAUAAAAACUCGAGAAAGCGAGAGGAUUUUAUAUGAUUUUUUUGGUUUGAACCGGCAGAUCCAGGCAAAUUUUACGGGUGGGAAGGUAAACAUUUUAACUGGAAAAAGGGGCUUUUUUCGUCAAAAUUUUUCUGUGAAACACUGCUUUUUAUCCAUACCGACAAAGGUAGUUUAUGUUAGCAAAGGUGCUCCAGGUCAAGAAGGAAAGCGAGGCAAAAAAGGAGAUCAGGGGGAGCCAGGGCACAAUGGACUCCCGGGUCGCAAAGGUGAUUGUGGCAUCUUCUUAAAACAGGAACAGCCAUCCAACACAGCCGCCUACAGCCAUAAGACACCAAAACGUUCAGUGAAACUCCACGACGGAUCGUUCGGAUACAUCGAAGUCCUCAAGCUGAAGGGAGCCAAGUAUGAAAUAAUAACUUUGAAAGGCGAGCCGGGUAGGCCGGGCACUCCAGGUAAGGAUGGAUUACCUGGGAGACAGGGCCAUCCAGGAGAAAUGGGCAAACGAGGCUUUCCGGGUUUAAAAGGCGAUCCCGGUGAACAAGGACCGAAAGGAACUUCCGCAUUCACCCCGUCAGACGUUCAGCAUAUGUUGAACCAAGCUAGCAUCGUUCUCCCUCAGGGUCCGCCUGGGGCUCCUGGCAAAAAGGGUGAUUUGGGAGCACCGGGAAUGAAAGGUGAAAAGGGCAACAGAGGAAAAAAAGGAGAUGACGGUUAUCCAGGUUUAAAAGGUGACAAGGGAACCGCAGGCAAUAUGGGAUCUUGGGGUCCGCCUGGUCCUAAAGGAGAUGCCGGUGAAAGAGGAGAACAUGGAAUCCAGGGUCCCAUCGGCCCACCUGGACAUCCUGGAUUGGCAGGUAAAAACGGACAGCCAGGACCGCAAGGCCCACCAGGUCACCAAGGAGCGAAAGGUGAAAGAGGAGAUGAAGGAAGUCCAGGUGUUGAUGGAAUGAUUGGUCCACCUGGAUUACCUGGCCCACCUGGUGAGCCCAACAUUUUGACAACAAGUGAUAUGGAAAGUGGGGUCUUUCAUGUUAGAGGUCCUCCUGGCCCACCCGGUCCAAUGGGUCCUAGAGGUGUUCAAGGAGUAGCUGGAAUUAAAGGUGAAAGAGGUUUCACCGGAGAAAAAGGAGAUAUGGGUGAAAAGGGCGAACGGGGAGAACAAGGGCCGCUGGGUGUCGAUGGAAUCAAUGGUACAAUGGGACCAACUGGUCCGCAGGGAAUGAAGGGUGAACGUGGUGAUCCUGGUGUUAAAGGAGACCCAGGAAUUAUGGGCUUUCCAGGAACACUGGGCUUACAGGGAGAAAAAGGCGAAAUGGGACCUAGGGGUUUACGCGGUAGGAGAGGCAGGAAGGGUGACACUGGAGAAUCGGGCAUGCCGGGGUUGGAUGGCUUAGAUAGGCUUUGUCCAGUUGGUGAUGAUGGCCACCCGUUGGCCACGUGUUUUAAUAACAUAUUUAACACUUAAAACCUGAAAAGAAAUGGAAGGGCAAGCAAAAAUUUCGUGGUCGAAGUUCAGUUGUGAAUUAUAACUGAAAGUUGUUCGUGCCAUCCUGAUUCUGUUUCUUUUUCUUUUUUUCUAGUUUUCUCUUUCACUCUUUUACGUUUGAAUAGAUUUCAAAAUGUUUUUUCACUUUUGAUUCGUCUGUUGUUUUUAGAAUAUAUAUAUAUAUAUAUAUAUAUAUAUAAGGUCGCUGCUAUAUAUAUAAUUUUAUAAUUUUAUCCUUGUUUCUUAAUAAGUUGUUUGCAUGUGCUCCUUGAAAAGAACCAAUUGGAAAAAUGUUUAUACUCCAUUCAACCUCCGUUAUCGAACUCAUCGAAAUGUGUGUGUGUGUGUGCGGAGUGUGUGUGUUUGUUUAUGUGUUUUACUAUUAACUUAACUAUGCAUGGGCAACUGAUAUUUUGCCUGAUGAACACGUACCGAUAUAAAAGAUGUUUAUUUA